AUGGGUCCCGGGGUCACCUGUCCGUGGAGCGGCCGACUCUCUGGCUACCGGGUGAGGACUUGGAUCGAGCCCGUGGUGGCCUCAACCCAGGUGGCCGGCUCCCUCUACGACGCAGGACUACUCCUGGUAGUGAAGGAGUCCUAUGCUUCUAAGGCUGGCGGCUCCUCUAAUUACAGUGCUAACCAGUCGCUGGGGGAGCAACAGGAAGACCAACAGCAGAAGGCUAUCUCCAAUUUCUUCAUCAUUUACAACCUCGUGGCGGGCCUGACGCCCCUGCUCUCCGCCUAUGGGCUGGGCUGGCUCAGUGACCGCUACCACCGUAAGAUCUCUAUCUGCGCGGCGAUGCUGGGCUUCCUACUGUCCCGCGUUGGACUCUUACUCAAAGUGACGCUGGACUGGCCCGUGGAGGUGAUGUACGGAGCAAUGGCGCUCAAUGGGCUGUGCGGGGGCUUCUCCUCUUAUUGGUCCGGGGUCAUGGCUCUGGGAUCCCUGGGCUGCUCCGAAAGCCGCCGCUCCGUGCGCCUCAUCCUCAUCGAUUUAGUCAUGGGUUUGGCCGGGUUCUGUGGGAGCAUGACUUCGGGGCAUCUCUUCAAGCAAAUCGUUGGGCACUCUGCGCAAGGCCUCCUAUUAACUGCCUGCAGCGUCGGCUGUGCAGCGUUUGCCCUUUUCUACAGCCUCUUCGUGCUGAAGGUCCCUGAGUCCAAGCCCAACAAGGUGCACCCCACUGUAGAUACUGUGUCUGGCAUGAUGGGCACCUAUCGAAGCCUGGAUCCAGAUCAACAAGACAAGCAGAGCGUAUCGGGGAACCCUCCAGCUGCUGGGAAAGGAAAGCCUUCCCAAACCGCCAUCGUUGCUCUGCUGUUUGUGGGUGCCAUCAUCUACGACCUGGCUAUUGUAGGCGCAGUAGAUGUCAUGGUCCUUUUCGUGCUAAAGGAGCCUCUCCAUUGGAACCAAGUGCAGCUGGGCUAUGGGAUGGCUUCUGGGUACAUCAUCUUCAUAACCAGCUUCUUGGGUGUCUUGGUCUUCUCCCGCUACUUCCGGGACACCACGAUGAUCAUUAUUGGGAUGUUCUCCUUUGGGUCUGGAGCCCUUCUCUUGGCCUUUGUGAAGGAGACAUACAUGUUCUACAUUGCCCGAGCCGUCAUGCUGUUCGCACUUAUUCCAAUCACCACCAUCCGGUCAGCCAUGUCCAAGCUCAUAAAGGACUCUUCCUAUGGAAAGAUUUUCGUCAUACUGCAGCUGUGCCUAGCUCUGACUGGGGUGGUGACAUCCACAAUAUAUAACAAGAUCUAUCAGCUGACGCUGGACAAGUUCAUUGGCACCUGCUUUGUUCUGUCGUCUUUUCUCUCCUUCUUGGCCAUUGUCCCAAUUGGUGUUGUGGCCUACAAACAAGUCCCGAAGAGGUCGCAACAAGGAGAGGGAGCAGAGAAACAGAGGAGCUGAAAACACGGCUCCGCCCAUGAAACCCAAGUUCCAGUCUUCAGAUAACCUGCUUCAGUCUGCGGGUCCCUGGUGGGAGGGAAAAUCUUUCGGGGUGUUGGAGGAGAUUUCCUGGUUGUCAGAUGCCUCU